UUGCCGCAACACGAGCACGAGGCAACGACUGCUGACCCGUCAUAUUGAUCGACCUGGAUCCGCACUUCGCUUCUAUCCGAUUGCGCGACUUGGGUGGCGCUUUACGGACCGUGCCACGAUGCUUCCCGACGCUCAAACGCGCUAGCGUAGUCGCAAUCACUGCACCUGCUUACAUCGCAUCGUCCAUCCCGUACGUGGAAUCGCCCACCGCCAUGCUGGUGAUGCAGUGAUCGUAUAAAUCACCGAGAAACACCGAUUAAGCGAUAGUGACGAUAGUGACGGUGACCAAGCAACUCUUGGAAACUGGUGAUCUUCGGUACCUAAUCUUCUGUUCUUCGACUUCCGGUUUCGUUGUACGGUUGAGUAUUCCAGAUCUUCUUAUGAGUUGUGAUCGUUGGCCUAUGAUGAUCAAGUACGGUGACGUAGGAAGAAGGUUGUAGUAUUGUUCGAUGUACGGACAAGAAGUAUGGCAGGAAGAUGAAACGACAACACCGUGGCAGAAGAUACGACCUAUGCUGUGACAAUUGUUUAUCCUUGAGGCAGCGCGUCAAAUUCAUACAUAAAAAACUAUAAAACGUCACGCAUUCGUUUAGCGUGUGACAGUUUAUAGUUGUCCUCCGAAAAUUAAUUUUUUGUACGUCAUAAACGGCCAAAAAUUUUCGUCAAUAUAUCACAGAGGUUAGCGGACUCAAUUAUUCUACCACCUGCUACUUUUCGCAUGACAUUACGUGAAGUAAAUUGUCUGACGGGCGAAUGCAACUCCGUCAAUCGCGUCUGGCCUGCAUUUCUACUGUAGGAGUAAGCUCGUGACACGGCAUGAAGCUGGAUCGGAAGUAAGAAGGAAUCAUCGUCAAAAAACAUGUCGCCGAAUCACUUGAUAGUGGCGGCAAUUGUACUCGCGGUUGCCACCGUCUGUCGCGCGGAGUGCCAGACUCGUUCUAUUUAUUGCUACGAAUGCGAUUCAUGGACGGAUCUCAGAUGCAAGGAUCCUUUUAAUUACACCGCGCUUCCAAAGGAUCAACCACCUCUCAUGACUUGCCAUGGCUGUUGCGUGAAAAUGGUUCGCAACGCCAAGUCACCAUAUGAAAGCGUGAGGCGGACCUGCACUUCGCAACUACAAAUAAAUUUAUUCAUGGUGGACCACGUGUGCAUGAUGGAAAGUACCGGCACUGGUCACAUGUGCUUCUGUGAGGAGGAUAUGUGCAAUCAUGUGUCCCCGACCUCGUGUUCGAAUCCUACACUCCUGCUGAUCCUCUUGACGAUCCUUGUACUACGCUCGGUCAUCUUAGGGGCCCCAGCUUGCUUUGUAGAACGUUGCAAUGGUCACGACGUAUAACACUGAUUUAUUCGAUUCACCUGCCAAUGAUUCCGAUCAUAUCCUUCGUAGAAUUUUAGUUUUAGUCAGCGCCUUGAACUCUCGUCGAGACGAGCGGUUCUCAUCAGUCACGUACGCGGUUGGAUAACACGGAACACGUUGUGUUUCUUUUCACGUUCGUACCAAACCAGAAAGGUAAGACACGAGGUGCGUGUUCCUUGAAAGAGAAGGGAAUCGGUCGAUCGUCGAUUAAUCGUGUCAGACCGUUUUAACCAUACAUUUCAAUUUUUGUGAAUCAAUUCAUGAAUCGAGAAUCGAUGAUCCAUAUUUUCUUGUCUUCAAAGAAUUUUGCACUCUCGCUCGUCGUGAUCCUUUCUUCGGCAUAAAUCGUAGCGAAAUAUCUCGAUCGUGUAAAUCAUCCGAUUCUCCGUCACUCUCGAUUUUGCCACGCGCUCUUCCUCUUGAUUCACAGCCCCUCCAAAAUGUCUCCUGUACCUUUGCGAUGGUAUCUUUGACGACAAUUUUAAUUCGCUUCGAAGUGAAAUUUAUCUUAUUGGAAGAUAGUACGUGUUUAAAAAAAAAAAUAUGAAUCUUUUCCAAUUGAUAUAAACGGACAAUUUAUUAUAAAUUUUGCAGUUUGUUCGUAUUAUAAGUUUCAAACAAAUUCGAUAAAUCAAAUUCGAACUAUCGGAAAAUUGAGCCUGAAGCAAGUAAAAAUUUAGACGCGUUCUUUAAUUCAGUGUAUGUUCCGGUGAUGUUUCUAUUUGAUCAAUGAGAUGGGAAUCCCUUUCUGACGAAGUUUUGUUGCAUGCAAUCCAGAAUCGAUCGAGACCAUCCCUUUUUGCAACUGUCAAUCAGUUCUUUCGUUUUUUCUUCCAAUAUUGAUGUAUUUUACAAUUAGAACUUUUUGCUACUUUUUUUCAUGGUCAUUGAUCGUUACAAAGUCUUAAGCAUCAAGUUUUCUAGCUCUCAAAGCAUCUUGAUGGCCGAAUCGAGCUGCUCCCGAUACGUAAGAAAUAGUAUUCGUCAUUAUGUCGUGGUAUUUUGGAAUGUUUUUUCAUUUUUAAAGUUUUCAUUGGCUUGUCGUUUAUCUAUGUUCCAUACCAAGUUUGUCGUAUAUCUAGGCGAACGUGGAUCACGAAACACUUUGAAACGUAGGUACAGUGUUUGCAACGUUGUUCGAUCAUUGUAAGAUCUUGGAGUUAAUGCGUGUUCUAAUUGUAUUACCUCAAACACAUAUUUACCGCUUUCCCAAAGCAAAUCUCCAAGUAACGGAGGAUAAUCGAGACACAGAGAGAAAGAGAAACACGAUAUACAUUCAUUAUUUUAGCGCAUAAAGGUCGACUGAUGGACAAUUUUCGUAUUAACUCGUUACAUGUUUUAACAACAUCUCAACGUUGAAAAGUAACUUUAUAAAUGAUCAUUGAUUACGAGAACAUUGCCAAGAUCAUAAUAUAUUGAAGAUCCUUGGCACUUUCAGAAGAUUUUGAUCACAGAUAGUCAAAUUUGAGAUGUGUAACUAGUUUCUCUUUGAACACUUUUGAUCGUGAUUCAUCGAUAUCUAUGCACACACCUUUGACUUUUAUCCAGUCGAACAAAUCGUUUCUGUAUAUCACGUACAAACGAACCAUCAGCACCUUCAACCACUCUCUGUUUCUCGUUAUACAUUGUCGUAACGAUUGUCGUACUUUUCCUCCGCUAUUCUACGUCUCUAACGACCUUUAUACGUUUGCCCAUUUGCCAUUCUUUACGAGACACCGGUGUUUCGCGCAUCAUGCACCAUAGGACAGUGGAACGAGAAUGGCCUAUGGUACACGGAGCUUAAAGUAGAGCAACGUUCAGGCCGCAUGGUUUCGGCAUGUCCAUCCGUCAGCAACGUCAUGAGAAAGCAACGACUGCAGCCGGCAAGCAUCGACACCAGAAUUUUCCAGUUCUACGUUUUUCGACUUGUUUGAGUCGCGGGCGUGUGCUUUUUCAAUUUCCAAACAAAUUAUUCUAUUUUACUUUUUCAAUUAUACGUAACAUAAUAUAAUGUUAUCAAAGGCUUUAAUGUUAUUUGAUUAGAUUUCAUUACAAAAUGGAUGGGGUCGGGAUCAAUUCACUAAAAAUUUGAUUGGGACUCGAUUGAAAUUUGCUAUAGGAUUAACAAUGAAUCAUAUAUAAGAUUGAUCGUUAAAAGGCACGCGCGCGCGGAAUGUACCACAGUAGUACUAGUGAGUUCGACAAUCACGUAUUUAGCAGAAGUGUGUUCCACACGUAGAAAAGUGCGAAUUCGAGUGCAUGGAUUGUAGCACUUUUAUAAACAGUGAAAAGGCAGAGGAAACUUUACGGACGGCUUCUGGAUGAAAGCUUUGCAGCCCGAUUAAAAUUGCAUAUUACCAUCCACGUUAAGAUCUCAUCCCCUUUCCUCUGUCCCGCGAUUAUCGUAUCGCCGUGCAGUAACACCUUGCAUGACACUUGCAUGAAUCUGUUGUUAGUAAUUUUUGCGAGAGACUAAAAAUCCCGUAGUCGAUGCUUCAACAGGUAACAGACUUUAAAAUAAAUGAAACAUAUAUAUAUGUAUACAUAGAACAAAUUUUGGUCGAACUUUUUCAAAAUUUUUCGACAACUAUUAUUUCUAUUUAUUCUACAUAUUUAUUAUAUAUUAUUUCAAUUAUUGUAAUAUUAAAUACAGCGUCUUUUUACAAUAUCUGGGAAAUAAUACAAGAAACAAUUCAAGUACGGAAAUUUCAAGUUAAAAUUCUUAUUCUAAUCAAUACGAAAGUCUGUUUUCAAAAUGAGGCUCGGCUCAGUAACAGUAACCCGAACGCAGAACCUUCCAUUCCGACGAAUGCAACGCGAGGCUGAUGGAAUUAAUUAAAAAGCACAACAUGGGCCUUCAGCUUCGAUCGUGCCACGCCAGUUACGCGCAUCAGCGGCGUCUCGAGCGCUUUCAGGCUUCCGGAACUAAUGUUCGAUCGCGAUCGAUCGAUUAGGUGACACGCAACAAGGAACUCGAUCGACGAAAGCGACGUUGAAUUCGCUCGAGCAGCUUUACGAUCACGCAGUUUGUAAAUCUUUUUCAGGGUAUGGCUGGCACGGCCAAGUUGAACGCGCAUGUCCUCACAGAGAGGCUUCGGUGUGGAGCCUCUUGCCAAACAAGCUUCGGUGCUUGCAAGUGAAAGCGAGCUAACCGGUGUUUCUCUGGCAAGCCAUGCGGCUCGUGUCGCGUCAUUUGUUCAUUGUCGCACGCGCGGCUGCGAGGCUAUUUUUUCGAAUCUUCUUUUUGUUCUCGCGUUUUUCUUCUGUCUGUUCCUUUUCUUUUCAGUUUGUCAUUGCGCGACCGAUCCGAUCAGCGUUUGCUGAUUACACCGCAACUCGCCGAAGAUCGAAGAGUAAUUCGAUUGAUCUUAUCAAGAUUAUUUUCAAGAUCUAAUGUACCUCUAUAUUUUUGGUAAGAAAAGUUUGAGAUAUCGAAUUUUUAUGUAUGUAGUUUUCUUCCAUAGAUCGAUUUCAUCCAAGAUUUUAUAUGUAAAGAAUGCGAGAGUAUGUUUAAUAAAUGCAGCAAACAGGAGAUGGAAGCUGCAAUGACAACACUGACAUCAGCAUGUAACACGAAGCGAAUCUACAUUUUUAAGUUUGGCCUCGCAGCUGGAAAGAAUCCACAUAACGUUACCGAUACAAAUAAUUAUGCGAAGUAAUGGCGGAUGCGCUCAGGCGAAUCUUAAACAGCUCGAUCGAACACGAAGUGGAUCCGACGUAUUAUAUUUCGACCGAAUCAACGGAAUCUUUAACAGACUUACUUUGUCAAGUAUUAAACGAUGAUAUUAGAUAAACUUCUAACGCAAAUUUUAACGAUGUUUCAGAUCUUCGGACGUCAGAGAUUCUUGUUCGUCUUGAUCGAGGCUGUUUCAGUUUCGAAAUAGAAAAACAGAAACAAAAAAAAAAAAAAAAAAUGAAAGAGAAAAGAAAGACACAGGAUCGAUACUUUCUUUGCUCGCCUGUUUACACGAAAGCUCAUGUCUAAGUGCUUGCAUAAGAAUCGAGGAGAUUAUUAUCGAUGUACACUUUUGUCUCUGUUAAAGAUCGAUGUUUACGAUUGCGCCGAGAUGUCAACCUAUGUAUCGAUAUCCUCUAACAUUUUUGUCUCGAUGUUAAUGAACAUUGGGCAUAAACUGAAUGAUGUAUGAUGAUUAUAUAUUUUACGAUGCAAGUAUCGAGAGCCCCCCUCUGUUUCUACAUGUAUCGAUGUGUAUCGAUUUGAAUGAUCGUUGCCCCGAGAUGUUCAUUUAUUCUGACCUCUUGAUUCUUCGUUGGUGUCAGUUACGUUGAUUUUAACACGAUUGAUAGAGUAUUUACGAUGGCAUGAAGCGAUGUUUCGAUAGCAAAGUAGCGUUCUCAAUUAUACUUUAGCACGUGAUUUCGUUGUUCCCCAUUUAGCUCCACGAGGACAUUAUUUUCUUUCAACUUCGUCGAUCGUUGCCUUAGCGUCAUAUAUUUCAUGUGAUUUCACGGUAUUGUUAAUUCGAACGACGUGUUCAAAGUGAAGAUAUAAAUAUCUAGCUAGUAAGAAAAUAAAAUAGAGUAUCAGGUGCUUUGUAGCUUCGUUUAAUUAUCGUAUGUUGAUAGAAUUUGCGUUAUGAAACUAUAAUUGAUAUUAAUCAGUUAAUAUUAUCAACAGACGUUAACGAACAAUGUUUUACGUAGAUAUAUAUAAUUAAUAAUUAAUCAUUGCCUUGUAUGCUUUCUUAUCAGAGAAUCUAACAUUUAUGCAUUCCAAAGGUUCGCUAUAUUAUUUAUUAUAUAUUAUCGGCAUAGAGCUUUACGAAAAGCGAAAGUAAAAAUCACUGGUGAUAGAGUGAAAUAAUUUUUCUUCAUGCACAUAUCGUUGCCUCUGCAAAAUAAUCGCGUCUCGAUAAUGAUGAAAAAUUAUCGUGUGCUGACUUUGAGUAGUUGAACGCUGUUUAACGUUCAGCGUGAUAGUCAAAUGUCCAAUGAUACGUAAUAUUUAGCCGGUAAGCUCAGCGUGUCUUCUCAAAAGAGAGAGAAAGAGAGAGAGAGAGAGAGAGAGAGAGAGAGAGAGAGGGAGAGAGAGAGAGAGAGAGAGAGAGAGAGAGAGUAGUUAACGAAGAAUUAUUUGCUCUAGAGUUUCUUAACUUUGUUAAUUUUUUACCAGACUAGUACGAUAGUGGCAUCGGACCGCGGAAUAGCAUUAAGCUAGUGCUUAGCUAUAAUCGAAACAUAUGACUAUUAAAAACGCGGUCAGUAUUUUAAAAUCAUGUAGUGUUAAGAAACGCAUACUUUGGUACAAAUAGCAUGAAUAAACGGAUAUCGCGAAAUAUAAAAUUUAUGGGGAAGGAAAGGAAAAGUUGAAGAAAAAAUUGGAGACAUUGCUAAAGAAUUCGACCGUUAUCGAUUCUUUUUGACUGAAAUAUAUCCUGACCAAUAUGGGAUCUGUGGUAUUAAAUCUCGAUGUAAUCCAACGCAUGAAGAGAUCAUAGAGAGACGUAUAACAUAGAUAUUUUCAUGAAUCUUUCAUACAAAUCCGGACACAUAAUGUUAUUUAUCAAUGCGAGCUGUUGAAAGGCUGAAAGAGGUAUUUAAAGAAAUGGUGCGGUAUAUAAGAUUGUUCCAGUUGUAGUUAAAGAUGAGACGGUAUAUGAUUGUUAUAAACCAGAGUUAUUGGGCAAAAAUUGUUCAGAAUUGAAGACAAGCAAAACCAUGACAGAUGGUUGUAAGGGCAUAUUGUAAUUUAAUGAUUGUUAAGACGAUUAGAGAUGGUGUGUCGAAACAUAGAUUCUACGAGUACGUUAUGCCCUCAAGAUUUAAUUGUUAGCGCGAUAUGUAACAGAGUAUCGGAUGCAAACCAGCGAUACUUUCUUGACAUAUCUCAAUGAAAAUAUACAUUUAUGUGUACAUAUACUCUUCCUCUUCUCUUUAUGUCGUUUGAAAAAAAAAAGGAAAUCGUGUUAAUAUAUGAUAUCGAAGCGAUAUUUUCGUCAUCUAAAUCAUUAUUAACGAUGAGAGAAUUAUAAUGUACGGAACUGUUAAAAAGAAUUAUCAUUCACAAUGGGCCGAAUUGUGUUUGAGAUAUGUUUUUCCAGAGAUUGGAAAACAAAAUAUAACCGUGGCCUAGAUUGAUCAGAUCUGUCAUCGUUGUAUUCAAAUUCGCAAUAAAAUUUUUAUGUCAUUGGA